AUGGCUUGCUUGAGGCUUGGCUCUAAGUCUGAAGCUUUCCAUCGCGAUGGCCAAACUUGGGUCUGCACAACCGAACUUCCGAGCGAUAUCACAAUUGAAGUUGGAGACAUGUCCUUUCAACUCCACAAGUUCCCUUUGCUCUCUAGAAGUGGACUAUUGGAAAAGCUCAUCGAAGACUCCAAUUCCGAUCAUCAUGAUCAAGAAGCAUCAUCAACACCCUCCUCGUUUCUGCAACUCCACGACCUCCCCGGCGGAGCGAAAGCCUUCGAGCUCGUCGCGAAGUUCUGCUACGGCGUCAAAACCGAGCUCUCCUCUUCCAACACGGUCGCCCUCCGAUGCACCUCAGAGUAUCUCCAAAUGACCGAAGAUUUCGACGAAGGAAAUCUCAUCUCCCUAACCGAAGCUUUCCUCAACGACAUCUUCACCAACUGGUCCGACUCCCUUAAAGCCCUUGAAACCUGCGAAGAAGUCCAAUCGUUCGCGGAGGAUCUCCACAUUGUCUCGAGAUGUAUCGAUUCUCUCGCCACCAAGGCAUGUUCAGACCCUAGCUUGCUCAUCAACUGGCCAGCUCCUCCUGACCAAAACGACGUCAAAACCCCCAAAACGACAGCUUUGUGGAACGGGAUAUUAUGCGCUCACCACGACAACCAAACCAAGCCACUAAUCCCCUCCGGCGAGGAGUGGUGGUUCGACGACGUGUCGUUCCUCAGCUUGCCUCUUUACAAACGACUUAUCUCCGCUAUCGAAGUGAGAGGAGUAGUGAAGCCAGAGACAAUCUCUGCCUCAAUAAUACACUACGCCAAAAAAUACCUUCCAUUGAUGAACACACAAACGAGCUUGAACGACUUCAACUAUGUCAACACCGGAGCGCCGAUUUCCGAGGCCGAUCAGCGGAAUCUUCUCGAAGGGAUCGUCGGGUUGAUUCCGAACAAAAAGGGUGUGACAUCUUCUAAAGUCUUACUUAGGCUUCUUCGCGUGGCCAUGGUUUUGCAUGCGAGUCCUUCAUGUAGGGAGAAUUUGGAGAAGAUAAUUGGGGCCCAGUUGGAUCAAGUCUUGCUUGUGGACCUACUUGUGCCGAAUAUGGUGUAUUCCGUGGAGACCCUUUAUGAUAUAGAUUGUGUUCAGAGGAUUCUUGACCAUUUCAUGGCUGUUGAGGAGGCAAUGUUGGGGGAUCAAGAUCAAGGGCAAGUGGUGAGUAGUAGUACUAGUGCUGUGGCAGCCAACGACACGAUGACACCUGUGACAAUGGUGGCCAAUCUGGUUGAUGGGUAUCUUGCUGAGGUGGCGGUGGAUGUCAACUUGAAGUUGCCAAAGUUUCAGGCACUUGCUACUGUUAUACCGGACUAUGCCAGGCCUGUUGAUGAUGGUAUUUACAAAGCAAUUGACGUCUACUUGAAGGCACAUCCAUGGCUGGCUGAUUCAGAGAGGGAACAGCUCUGCAGACUAAUGAACUGCCAAAAGCUCUCAUUAGAAGCCAGCACUCAUGCAGCCCAGAACGAAAGGCUUCCUCUCCGAGUCAUCGUCCAAGUCGUCUUCUUGGAGCAGCUCCGCCUCCGAGCAUCCAUCUCCAGCUGGUUCUUCGUCUCCGGCAACCUCGAAAACUCCCAGCCGGCUCUUCCCAACGGAAUCAGCAACCUUAACAACAACGGUCUCAUCCCCAAAGGCGACGCUUCACAGGACUUCCAAUGCGUCAACGAUGGCGACAUGAGUCUUCGGGUUUCGGAGAUCGAAAAGGAGUGUUCCAACAUGAGAAGGGAGCUUCAGAAGCUGGCCAAGACGAAGAAGAGUAGUUGGACUUUGCUUCCCAAAAGGUUUGGUUUUAGGAAGAAAUCGCAGCCAAUUAUUAGUGUUAAUGGUCAAAGCAAAGAGUCAAAAGUCAACGGCAGGGUUGGAGUUGCACAAGAUCACCAUGAUCAUCAGUCAGCCUUGGAGGGAAAAGUAGAGAAUCAUGAGAAUGGUGACGUGGUAGCUCAUUGA